AUGGGGAAAAAGGGUGGCAUGUUUCGUUAUGCAGACCGCGUGGACAAGGUGCUUAUGCUGAUAGGGUCUUUAGGCAGCAUCGGAGAUGGGCUGCAGAUCCCUCUCAUGAUGUUCGUUCUAAGCGAUGUGAUCAAUGUCUAUGCGGACCCAAAUGAAAAAAUCUCAAACAGUAUUGUGAACAAGGCAAGGAAUCUGCAUUUCUCCGAUGUUCCAUUAACUGUAUGCCCUCAGGCUUUUCCUUGUUGCCAUUGGGGUUGGAUAGCUGCUUUUGUUGACAAGAAGUUGGCUUCUUCGACACCCAAGCGGCCGAUUCUUCCACAACUUACCAAAUACCGGACUGUAGCUUACCUGGGAUCCUUCUGCUUCUGCUUGAUAUUCGGGUUUGUCCUCUCAUGGAAGCUCACAAUUGGCCGCCAUUCCAUUCACUUUAAUGUUCAUCAUCCUGGACUUGGAUUUGGGACUGUCAUGAUGAACGUGGGCGUGAAGAUGAUUGAAACUUAUGGGGUUGCAGGUGGGAUUGCAGAACAGGCAAUUUCUUCGAUAAGAACUGUGUAUUCCUAUGUCGGAGAGCUUCAAACAGUCAAAAGGAACAUUUUGACUGCUCUCCCAAAUCUCACAGCCAUAGCAGAGGCCAAAGCUGCAGCUACCCGGAUCACUGAGAUGAUUGAUCGGGAACCAGCCAUAGACUCCGAGGAUAAAAAGGGAAAGGCUUUAUCGUACGAGCCAGUCCUCUUUGCGACAACCAUAAAAGAGAAUAUUUUGUUUGGGAAGGAAGGGGCUUCAAUGGAUGAUGUAGAGAUUGCAGCAAAAGCAGCAAAUGCUCAUGAGUUCAUUUCUAAGUUGGUUCAAUUUGGAGUACAAUUGUCCGGAGGGCAGAAGCAACGUAUAGCCAUAGCCAGGGCUUUGAUCAAGAAUCCAAAAAUCCUACUCCUUGAUGAAGCCACAAGUGCACUGGAUGCACAAUCAGAAAGAACCGUGCAGGAAGCCUUGGACCUUGCUUCAAUGGGGAGGACAACCAUCGUCAUUGCACACCGUCUUCCACCUCAGAAUGGCCAAUCAAAUCGUGGUCCUCCAAUCGGGAAAGACAAAACCCCAGUCACCCCCAGUCAGGAGGAAGAUACUAGUACCAUAAGUGAAUGCUCCACCAUCAAGCCCAGUGAGAUUAUGAUGAAUGCCGUUCCUAGCCCUUCCCAAUGGCGGUUGCUGAAAAUGAACGCACCGGAGUGGGGUAGAGCCUUGCUUGGGUGCAUAGGGGCAGUUGGAUCGGGAGCUGUACAGCCCAUAAAUGCCUACUGUCUUCAUCACCAGCGUCCUCCAACAUUACAAUUUCGCAGUCAUGGGAGAAAGUUAACCAGAAGGAUACGUGAGAAGCUGCUUGAGAAGGUGAUGACUUUCGAGAUAGGGUGGUUUGACCAGGAUGAGAAUACUAGUGCAGCCAUAUGUGCAAGGCUGUCCACGCAAGCCAACAUGGUUCGGUCCCUUGUUGGUGACCGUAUGUCACUGCUGGCUCAUGCUUCUUUGGAGCAACUUUUGCUUAUGGACUUGGGCUUGUGCUCACAUGGAGCUGACCCUUCACAGAGGGAAGGGAGCCAACUAGCGAGUGAAGCUGUUAUUAACCAUAGAACCAUAACUGCUUUCUCUGCCCAGAAGAGAAUAUUGGGACUUUUUCGAGAGAGCUUGGAAGGCCCUAAGAAGGAGAGCAUUAAGCAGUCCUACUUUACCGGUAUUGCCUAUUUAGCUCCCAAUUCUUGGCUGCAGCUUCUACAGCUUUGGCUUACUGAGGGCAGGCAAAGUGAGAUUAACCCAAAUAGCUCAUCCGCAAUUGAUGCUGAAAAAAUAUCAGUUAGAGGCCGUGUAGAGCUGAAAAAUAUAUUCUUUGCAUAUCCUUCAAGGCCUGAACAGUUGAUCUUUAAGGGUUUAAGCCUCAGAGUUGCAGCAGGAAACAACGUGGCAGUGGUGGGGCAGAGUGGUUCUGGCAAAUCCACCAUAAUUGGACUCAUUGAAAGGUUUUAUGAUCCAUUAAAGGGAUCUGUCCACAUCGAUGAACGAGACACAAAAGACUAUAAUCUGAGGGGCCUCAGAUCGCACAUAGCAUUGGUCAGCCAGGAGCCAACCCUUUUUGGAGGAACUAUCAGAGAUAACAUUACCUAUGGCAAGAUUAAUGCCAAGGAAUCAGAGAUAAAGAUAGCAGCGAUGCUUGCCAAUGCUCAUGAAUUCAUAAGCUGUCAGGAGGCCAGAACAAAGAAUAGCACUAGCUCGUGCAAUACUGAAGAAAACCCAUCAAUCCUACUGCUAGACGAGGCAACUAGUGCCCUAGACAGCGUAUCAGAGAGCUUGUUCAAGAAAGCACUCGAGAAGAUGAUGGUCGGGAGGACCUGCAUAGUGGUGGGUCAUCGGCUAUCCACCAUACGGAAGUUCCAUUCCAUUGCAGUGAUCAAGGGUGGAAAAGUUGCAGAACAGGGCACCCACUCGGACCUUAGAUUGCUCUGGGACGCGGCGGAGCAUACUACUCCCUUGUAG